AUGGAGCAACGGCAAAACGGCAUCGCCCGGCAAAUAACGAGGCGAGAAUCGGCCUUCCUCCGGUUUGUCUCGUCACCUAUGAUCGCCGUACCGGCCCUAGUCAAGCUGCUUCCCAAGGUGCUGCUGGCCGGGGCGCUCCUGCGCCGAUCCGCCAGCGUCGCGCCCGCGGCGGCAAGUGCGGCGCUAAUGAGGCCAGCGCGAGCGGGACCUUCUGACGAGGGGUCAGCUGUGCAAGCGCUGCGCGAGGCUCUGACGGCGUCGGGGCUGGGCGAUGCGUCGCUGUGGGGCGUGCCGCUCACUGGCGAGAGCGGCGCGCCCCUUCUGCGGCAGUUUCUCCGCGCGCGGAGGUGGUGCGUGGACGACGCGCGCAGGAUGCUACAGGGCACGCUUCGGUGGCGGAGGGAGAACAGGGUGGACGAGCUGAGCUCGAUGAGCAAUUUUGGGGAGGGCAUGCCGCUCGACAAGAUCAUCGGCAAGGCGGGCGCGGGACCCCUCGUCCUCGCCACGCUUCCCGGCCGAGCGGCGCUCGCCGACGUGAACCGCUUCGUCCGCUGGCGGAUAGCGAUGCAGGAGGCCGCGAUCCGCACGCUCUGCCUCACGCAGUCCUCGCCCGCCUUCACGCUGGUGAUGGACGUGUCCGGGCUGCGCCGCUUCCACCUCUCGAAGGAGGCGCGGCUCUGCACGGCGGAGCUGUCGCGGGUGAUGCAGGCCUACUACCCGGACUUCCUCGCCAAGACGCUCGUCGUCAACACACCGCCCGCCUUUGCCUGCGCCUGGUCGCUGCUGCGGCCGCUGCUGCCUCCUGCGCUCCUCGUCAAGCUGCAGCUGCAAAAGGGCCCGCCGCCCGACGCGAUCGCCGACGCUUGCGGACCGAGCGGCAGCCCCGUGCCCUCAACAUGACGAGCUCUUCCCGCCGCUCCUCUCCCAGCGAGCUCUUCCCCGUGGGCUGGCUCGGGCUGGGCGCAUGGCGGAGGAUGUAUUAAGGGCGCCGCCGCCGCGCCGCCACCUCUGUGGAGGCGCUGCGGCCGCCUCUGGACCUCGCGUGAUGGCGCGAGGCUGUAGACUAGGGGUAGCGCCCUCAUGACGCGUGAGCUCUCUCGCGGACCGACUCUUAUUCGCUCUCGCCGGCGGUCCCCGCCGCGGCCGAUCGAGCCCGUCGCUCUCUCUACACUCUAGCGUGGCUGCGUCGCCAUAGCGUCUCGUAUUUUUACCUAGAUAGAGGGGUCUUUUGUGGA